AUGGAGCUUCGGGAGGCAAUAACAGCUCACGGCUUAGCUGGUAAUCCUCGUCCUUCCACAUCCAUGUCAACUCCACAACCCUCAGCCAUUACUUUCCUCCGGCAAGAAAGAAUGGCACGGAUAGAGGCCGAUCUCAAGGUCCUCACUACAGACCAGAUGAUAAGGAAGUACAAUCCAUCAGGCUACGAAGCUAUCAAGGCGAAUGGUGGCAUUAUGGAGCCGGGCAUCACAAAAAUGCAGAAGCGAAGACGGGACAACACCGUCUAUGAUGAGCCGGUCAAGCCCAACCCGAUGACCCCGGCUGAUCUGUGGGGUAUACGGUUACCAUACUUCACGCAGAGUGAGUUCGCCAAGGUCAAUGCUGUGUUGGACACUUACAAGAAGCCACGUCGAAAACCUAGGCGAGAGGCGAGGGAGAUGGGUGAUAGUGAGAUUGCGAGCGUGGUGGAUAGGAAGGGAGUGGUGCGGCAGGCAAGGAGGGCUGCGAGAGGUGAGAAGUCGAUACGUGAUGGGGAUAUUGUGGCUGGUGCGGUUGUGGAUGGUAGAGUGGGCAAGACAAGGAAGAAGGACACGCGGGUGCCUGCUGGCGAGGGCACAGAUACUGCGAGUGGCCCGGCAAGCAACAAGCGACUUACCAUAAGAAGCAAGAGAUGA